AUGGACGACGCUGUGGAGAUGCUUUGCCGUCCCAACAACGUGGAGAUCCUGCCACCGUCAAAAAUACGGAGGAAUUUAGAAGGUAAUGUCCAAAAUGCCUCCGGGAGUAGAGCUCUAAAAGGGAAGAAACCUCGUUUUAAUGUGUCACUGGUUUGUUUAACUAAAAGAUUUACGGAUCUCAUCAAAUCCGCUCCUGGGGGCAUCCUGGACUUAAACAAGGCUGCGACAACCCUGGGAGUACCGAAACGCAGACUCUAUGACAUUACGGGCGUCUUGAAUGGAAUUGACUUCGUGGAAAAGAAAUCCAGGAACCACGUUCGAUGGACAGGAUCUGACCUUAGCAACUCCGAGGCCUUAACCCAGAAGCAGAAGCUGCAGGAGGAGCUUGCAAACUUAGCAGCAAUGGAAGGUGCUUUGGAUGAGUUGAUUAAGGAUUGUGCUCAGCAGUUGUUUGAGUUAACGGAUGACAAAACCAAUGAAAAUUUGGCCUAUGUGACGUAUCAGGAUGUCCUCAGCAUUGACGACUUUCAUGAACAGAUUGUCAUUGCCGUCAGAGCUCCAGAGGCAACCACGUUGGAUGUUUUAGCUCCGGGAGAGGACAGUCUCACAGUUCACGUAAAGAGCACCAGAGGACCCAUCGACGUGUACUUGUGUGAAAUGGAGCAGAACCACUCAAGUGGCGAGACAUCUGACGGAGCAGAGACCUCUUCAUCUGAAAGCCAACAUCCAGAAGGCCAUGAGGAAGGGGAAAACUCCCCUCAGCAAAGUGAAGAUUUGCCUGAAGUAAACAACAUUUGA